CCUUAAGAAAUAAGAACGUAUAUAUAUUUAAAACCAGGCCUGACUUGUUUACUAAGAUUCAUAUCUCCCAAAAUAAACAUUAUUUCUGGUCCAAAAUCUAAAUUGUCUUCAUAUGUAGCCAAGUAACCAAACCGAUCUUCUCGACCGGUUGAAUUUUUCUAACACGCUAACAAAUAUCUUCUUACAUGUUAACAAGUAAGCAGCGACCAUUUUAUUUAUAAAAAUCUCUUAUCCCACGGACCAAACAACAACCUUUUAUGCAUCACAUCAAAUCCUUACAAAAUGGCCCUUUGCUCCCAUUUUCUUGCACUUUUUGCUCUCAUCUUCUUUUCCGUCAAAAUUUCUUGUUCUUCGGCUAGUGGUAAUGGAACUUCCGGUCAAGAGCCGCCAUCUUUGGUGGUUCCAGUUGGCGUUGUCCUUGACUUGAGCUCGUCCUUGGGUUCCAUGGCAGCUUCGUGCAUGAAAAUGGCCGUCUCGGAUUUUUACUCGACACGUUCAGACUAUAGGACGAGGCUCAAGCUUCACAUUAAGAGUGUGGAUAGUGUGGUUGAUGCUAAUUUUGCAGCUGUGGAGCUAUUGAAGAAAGAACAAGUAGACGGGAUCAUAGGUCCACAAGAAUCAACACAAGAAACAUUCUUCGCAGAGCUCGCCCAAAAAACCCGCGUCCCCACAAUAUCCUUCACUUCAACUAUCUCCACUUUACCCUACAACAAUUACUUCUUCCGUACAACACCGGACGACGCCGUGCAAGCCCAAGCCCUUGCCGCCAUUAUCCGCGGCUUCGAAUGGCCCGAAAUCGCCGUUUUAUACGAAGACACCCAAAGCACCGAUCGCUUUCUCUCCCAUCUCAACCGAGCCCUCCAAGAGUCCGAAAUCCGGCAGGCUUACUCUGUCCCGAUCGCCACCUCAGCCGACAGCAGCCGUAUUCUCAGAGAGCUCAACAGGUUCGGGACGAGGCAGACUCGGGUGUUCUUGGUCCACAUGGGCCCGUCCCUCGGCCACCGGUUCUUCGACCUCGCCAAACGGGCCGGGCUCAUGAGCCCGGGCUACGCGUGGCUCGUCACCUACAGUUUAUCCGUCUUCUUGGGCUCCGCGGGCCCCGCGGCCCGCGACUCUAUGGAAGGGGUCCUCGGCGUGCGGCCCCAUGUCCCGCGCUCGGAGGCCCUCCAAAACUUCCGAGAGAGGUGGAGACUACGGGACGCGACCGCGGAGGAACUCAACGUGUACGGUCUUUGGGCGUACGACGCCGUGACCGCGCUCGCGACGGCGGCCGAGAGGGCCGUUUCGGUAAAUUCCUCGCUCUCGAAUUCUUCCGGAUUCGGCUCGCGAAUUCUCGAACAGCUGUCGAGUGUAGAGUUCCGAGGAUUGAGCGGAGAGUUUAGAUUAGUCGACGGGAAGUUGAGUCCUUCGCCGGUCGAGAUAUUUAACGUGAUCGGGUCUGGGGAGAAAACGGUCGGGUAUUGGACGCAAAGCGGAGGAUUAGUACGGGAGUUGGUGAGCCCGUCGGGCGGGAAAACUAGUGGUUACUCGACUUCGGCGAAGGGACUAAAAAACAUCAUGUGGCCGGGAGAUUCGGUCACGCGUCCCAAGGGUUGGGCUAUCCCGAAGCUCAGGGUCGGAGUUCCUUGUAAGCUUGGAUUCACGGAGUUCGUCAAUGUGGCAGUUGACCGCAAAACGAAUCGUACAAACGCGACUGGAUUUUCGGUCGACAUUUUCCUUGCCACGUUGGAUUUGCUCCCGUUUCCGGUCGAUUACGAGUUUUCUUACUAUAAUGACACGGAGCACGUGAAUUGGAGUUAUGACGACAUGCUGCACAAGAUACCUCAGGAAUUUGAUAUGGUAGUUGGGGAUACAACGAUUUGGGCUCCGAGAGCAAUAGGUGUUGAUUUUUCGCUCCCGUAUUCUGAAUCAGGAGUCAUCCUAGUCGUUAAAAAUCGAAAGCCGUUUGACAUGUGGAUCUUCGUAAGGCCCCUGAGGUGGGACCUUUGGCUGGCGAUUAUUUCAGCUUGUAUUUUAAUGGGAAUCGUACUCCGCAUAUUGGAACACCGUGUGGCUAGGGAGGACUCGGAUUCCUUAAGAACACACAAGAAUCGACUCGGGAUGAUACAUUUGUCUCCGGUGGCAGUUCUUGCUUUUCCUGAAAGGAAUAUGGUUUCGAACAACUGGUCCUUUCUCGUGUUGGUGUGCUGGCUUUUCACAGCGUUCAUACUGAUGCAGAGCUACACUGCCAACUUAUCUGCUAUUUUAACGGUCGACCAAUUGAAGUUUGCAUUUUCGGACAAUUAUUACAUAGGUUAUCAGGAAGGUUCGUUCAUGAAGCGUUUUUUGACUCAGCAGCUGCAUAUUAGCGAGUCGAGGCUCAGGAGUUAUGGGUCGGCCGAGGAAUACCAUAAAGCUAUGUCCUUGGGAAGCAAAAAAGGGGGCAUAGACGCCGUAUUUGACGAGAUUCCUUACAUGAAGAUUUUGAUCAACAAAUACGAUUCUCUGUACAAGAUGGUCGGGCCAACCUACGUAACCGGUGGAUUCGGCUUUGCCUUUCCUCUGGGCUCCCCUUUAGCCGCACAUUUUUCGAAAGCAAUCCUCGACGUUACUCAAGGGCCCAACAUGACUGCCAUUGAACAGAAAAAUUUCGGGCCCGGUUACUCUUCGCAGGACCCGCUUUCCCCGACUAUCUCACAAGAGACAUCCAGCCUGUCGCUCUAUGAUUUUGCGGGCCUCUUCAUAAUCGUGGGAUCAGUAACUUUACUUGCUCUGUUUUGUUCCGAGACAGCAAUAGGAAGGAAAUUGACACGACAAACAGAGCGUUUUAUCCACCGUUGCUUCUUCUUCAAGGCUCCGAGAGUUGAAUCGAUGGAGGAUUCAAGUGUAGAUGGGAAUUCAGCACAUGGUGUUGUUGAUGGCAGUGAACGAGCUCCGGAUAAUGUUAAUGAACAGUUUUAUGAGGAAGGCUUAGAUACACGUGUUAGUGAGGAAAUUCAAGAAACAAUGUCGACUGGCGAAACUCUUGAAGCUCGGGAUUUAGUGACAAGAGUCGAGAGUAAUGGGGAGAGGACAAUGUAAGAAAUUGAUCUUUGGACAAAAAUGUGGUUCACAAAAUCCAGUUCUUACAAGUUUUUCCAAAUUUCAUUUUCUAAUUUUCGAUCAUUUUACAUAGUUUACUUUCGAAAAUUUGACAUCACAAAUCCUACAGUUUACUUUCGAUUCAAUUGUUGAAAUCUUUCCUGUGAAAAGAAAAAGGCAGAAGUCUGAUUUAAUCCAAAUUGUCCAAGAUAAC